UUUUUUAACACUUUGGAAGGCCUGUUCCUGAUCUUGGCCCCACUCCCACUUCACUUCUUUUUUAAGCAAUUUAUCCAAUGGCCCUCUAUAUUUAUGCAUUUCACUAACAAACCGCCCAUAAUAAUUAAUUGUACCCAUAAAAGAUUUCAAUUCUUUAACAUCUCUUGGACGUGUCAAUUCACUAAUUUUCUUUUUCUUUUCAGGGUCGGGCUCAAUUCCACUUUUGGAUACAAUAUGGCCUAAGAACUUCAAUUUUUCUUUAAAGAAAUUACACUUUUCUAACUGGAUUUUUAAUCCCCACUUUUCAAUUCGAUCAAAUAUUUCAAACAAUUGCACUUUAUGAUCUUCAAUAUUUUUAGACACUAUUAUUAAAUCAUCUAAAUAUGCAAACACUCCAGGAAUUCCACUUAUCAAUUUAUCCAUUAAUCU